AUGGCGGGCAAGCAGGUGGCAGCUCUGAUCCUCCUGUUGGUGGCGGUGGGCAGCGCGUCUGCGUACAGCUACAGGCCUAGGGGCGAGCAAUGCGAGCGGGAGGUAGAGGAGCAGAUGUCGAUGAGGAGGUGCAUGAUGUGGGCGGAGAGCAAGAUGAGGAGGGAUGAAGAUGCCUUCCUCAGGAGCGGCCGCCGCUACGGAGAGGAGCACCUCGAAGAGUGCUGCGAGGAGCUGAGGCAGGUGAGCUCGGAAUGCCGGUGCCAAGCAGUCAAGGAGAUGAUGAUGGAAAUGCCGCAGGGGCAGAUAGAGAUGCAGCGAAUGAUGUGCUCGCUCCCCACCAAGUGCAGAAUGAGCCCCUGCUCCUGCCCUCGCUACUUCGAUUAA